AUGGAAACGAAAGGCCCUCCUUACAUUUAUACGAAGCUUCGUGAUUUACCUGCUUCUGGCCGUGUACACGUCUAUGGUGUUGUACGGUCCGUCAACGAUAUCGGUUUUGGUCCAACUAUUCAACUUCAGGAUGAGAACACCUCAGUUCCUGUGAAGAUUUCGGAGAAAUCUUCCAAAUAUUUCGACACUUUGCUUCCAAACGAUAUCUUACGGCUGCAUAGGGCGCAGAUUGGAACUUAUCACGACGAAUCAGUACUACUGGUGGAUGUGAACAAUUCUGGAUGUCAUGCUGUUGCGUGGCGAGGGCAGUCCGAUACACCACAUGUUGUUACUUCCAACAAAUACACUCUCACCGAUGCUGACAUUGAUAGGAUAGCAAGUCUACGGAAAUUGAUACCUACCGACGACCCAUCAGAUGUACCUAGUAAUCCUGUCCAUGAUGUCGCGGCUAACACAUCUCAGCAGUCUCACCGAACUACCGAAACCGACAAAAAACAAGUGAUUCCAAAAAUACGCCGGAUUACGGAGGACUUAUCGAAUGCUACGGAUAUACCACGUUUGGGGAGUCGGUUUUUCAAUUGGUAUGCACAAGUUCUGGGUGUGUACAAAGCCAAAGGCGAACCUUUCACUGUUUUCAUCAGGGCCUGGGAUGGUACAAAGCCGAGGUUCCCUGCAUGGCGCAAUAUGUUUCAUGCGGAUGCCAUGUCGAUUGACGUUACGUACUGUGAAAUUCCAGCAACACUUUACCAUGCCAUCGAAGCCUACACAGUCGAUAUAUGCUGUUAUGGUGAUUGGGCCAAAAAGGCUGCUAAGCUUCAAAUCAGAGAUGUGGUCCACUUAUGCAAUGUGCGGAACUAUACUUCGCAAUCAAACCGAUCCUCCGCAAUAACCGUGCACGAAGGUGGCCUACAGUUUGGACGUGCGUUAGAUGUUCUUGAUGAAGAGAACCCGAAACAUUUCGAAAUUUCUAAGCAGUGUGCAGACGCGUUGUCGGUGAAUUUCGGGUCGUCCAAUGCUACAUUAGGCUCAGAUUCAACAGUCAACUUAACGCCUAUCGUUCCUGAAAAUGUUGUAGCUCAGUCCACACCAGUGCUAUCUGGCGUUGAUUGCAUGGAUGUGGCACCACAGCCCGAAGUGCAAAACAUGCAUAAAUCUGUGGAAGAUGAUGAUUUCUCCAGGGAAGUUUCUCAGAAUGUAGUAAAUAUGAAGCCAUCGGAUGGGCAAAACGCGGAUAAACCAAUAGGCGAGCUGGCAUCGUCUGCAACUAUGUCACCGUCAAGAGGUGCUACUGGGAUUCCUAUGAAGGUCAUCACAAACUCUUCUAUUGUUGUGGAGACUCCUGAGGCGGUGAUUCAAUCCGCAGUGAGAAAAUCCCCACGUAAGCGUGUUUCUGUGGGAAGAUGUGAAGCGCCUUCGUCUUCUAAAAGGAGUAAUGAUGUGGUUGUUAUAAACGAGGACGCAGGUCAACCCAUAGAAGAGUCAGAGUCCCUGGAUUUUUGUCAGCCUUCAACAUCUAAACAACCUCACCCAGCAACACUUAACUAUGAGGAGAACAUCGAGGAACCGCAUGUUUGCAAUGAUAUGAGUGAAAGGACAUCCUUCGCGGACCAGAAGGAAGUUCGAAAUGAAGAGGAAGGAAACUUCGAGGGUCUCACCAAGAAGAUCAUUGAGGCGUUUUCAAGAUCGAAUUUCACGAGAAGAUUGGAGAAGCUCCGGAAACCGGCAGUGUUCCCAUACAGUUUAACCGACGAAAUGGAGAAGAUGCUGGAGCUAAAUGUAGGAGACCACGUCUAUUUCGUGAAUUUUGCCGUGGCGAGUUUGGAAACUUUAAAAGAUGCGGACUAUCUUCGCAAUUCGUUAGUUUUCACAGCAAAAUGUGCCACCUGCGGUAACGAAGUCAUUGUGCAGAGAUCAUCGAAAGCUCGGUGUCCGAAGUGUUUUGUUGAGCGUAAACUGUUGUCAGAUGUAAUAUUGUCAUAUCGCAUCACAGUCCCAGUAGAGUAUAAACGACGUGAUGGAACGCCAGCUCCUUUGCUGUUGGAGAUAGCUAGAGAAGUAUGGGCUGCUCUUCCCGGUAGUCCUGCUGUAUUUGGAAUUGAUCACGUAAUGAAACUAUACCUAGAGAAAAAUCUUCGAGAAUUUGUCACACAUAUUAACCACAUGAUUCGAUUUGUCGAGGCAGUGGUUAAAGCAAGGAAAUUGAGAGUGCACCGCGCAAAAAUUCAUGACGUUAACAAAUCAAAUGAUCCACCUGCUGCUAACUUACCAGCUGCUGGUGGUACUUCAACGCAUAAUCUGGUGAAUGGUACACAGGAUCGGCUGAUCUUUAAAGUGAAAAGCACCAACAACAACGAGUAUCGCGUCAAUCCAGUGUUUGGAUUUAUCGAUCCUGGCGCUCAAACACCAUUGGAGGUCAUUCGAUCGGCUGGUCCACCAAAAGAAGACAAAUUAGUGGUACAUUAUGCACCAGCUCCUGCCGACGCUACUGAUGCACAAGCAUCGUUUGGCGUAGUGAUACCGACCGGCGAUGUUACAAUUAUGCUUACUGCUACAUAA